UGCCGGGACCGGUGGCGGGGUCGAGUGGGGGAGUGGUGUCGGUGGAGACGCAAGUUGGGGGUGAGGAAGAGGGCCAGAGGUUAGAUGAUAGAGCGCGUGGGGAGGUGUAUGUGUGCUUUGAGGGCCCGUUGGGGGCCCAUUUGAAGCAGGAGGUAAAGGAAAAGAUCUGGAAAGGGGAAUAUGUGGAGAUUUUUUCCUUGCUUCCUUUGGAACGGUUUAAUUUGGAUAGGGGGAAGAAAGAUGAGGGAAAGAAAGAGGAUGAGGAGAAGCGGCGGCAUAGGUUAAUUCCCCGCACAUUUGCUAAUUGGCUGCAAGCGUUUGCCAUAUUAGCAAGUGUCAUUGGGGAGAAGGCUCCGGAAUGUUGUUCGGCGUUGUUCUGUUACCAGGAUGCGAUAGGGGAGGCGUAUCGGGUGUACGGCGGUGUGGGGUGGCUCCGUUAUGACGAGCAGUUUCGGCAACGGAAGGCGGUUAGGUCAGAUAUACGGUGGGACCACAAAGACAUUGGGUUGUGGUUGAAGGUGACGGCUCCGCCUAGGGCUGGGCAGUCCUUUCGGUCAGAGCCUGGGGGAUCAUCCCCGGGGGCAUUGGCGGCAGCAUCUGCGAAAGGGUUAUGUUUCCUCUUUAAUGAGGGGAACUGCAGAUUUGGAGCUAAGUGCAAAUUCAAGCAUGAAUGCUCAGGGUGUGGAGGGGCACAUGGGGUUAGCCGUUGCUUUAGGGGCGGAAGGCAGAAGGGGGGGGAUGGUGUUGGAAAGGGGUCGGACGCCGGUGCGGGUGGAAAGGAUGCAGGAAUUUCUAGAUAGGUACCCGGACCGGGCGGCGGCCAGGCUAUUGGGGGAGGGUUUUAGGUGGGGUUUUCGCAUCCCGGCAGAGGUAACGGCGGGGCCUGUGGUUCAUAAGAAUCUUAGGUCCGCGCUUGAGCAUGCGGAUGUGGUGACCGAGAAGUUGAAUAGGGAGGUUGCGUUGGGGCGGAUGGCGGGCCCGUUUAAGGUGCCGCCGCUUCCGAGCCUGAGGGUGUCUCCUUUGGGGGUGGUGCCCAAGAAGGAGCCGAAUAAGUUUCGGCUCAUUCAUCAUUUGUCUUUUCCGAAGGGUGCGUCGGUCAAUGAUGGUAUAGAUCCUGAAUUGUGUUCGGUGGUGUAUACGUCAUUUGAUGCGGCUGUUGGAUGGGUGAGACGGUGUGGGCAGGGGGCGCUGUUGGCAAAAGUUGAUGUUGAAGCGGCGUUUCGGUUGCUUCCGGUGCAUGUGGAGAGCAUGGGUUUGUUGGGAUGUUAUUGGGGGGGGGAGUAUUUUGUGGAUAGAUGUUUGCCUAUGGGGUGCUCUCUCUCGUGUGCGUAUUUUGAGGCGUUCAGUUCAUUUUUGGAGUGGGUGGUGGUGGAGGUUUCGGGUUGUGCGUCGGUUAUCCACUAUCUAGAUGACUUUUUGUGUUUGGGCCCGGCGAAUUCUCGGGUAUGUUCUUUGUUGUUACACACGGUUCAGUCGGUUUUUGCACGUUUUGGGGUGCCGCUAGCGGUGGAGAAGACGGUGGGCCCUGUUACCGAGUUGUGUUUUCUGGGGAUUGUUAUAGACACGGUCAGGAUGGAGUGUCGGCUUCCGGCGGACAAGUUGCUGGAUUUGAGGCGUGAGAUCAGUCAGGCCAUAGGGAGGGAGAAGAUUAGGUUGCGGGAGCUGCAGUCAUUGUUGGGGAAGCUUAAUUUUGCGUGUCAAAUUAUGCCGAUGGGGAGGAUUUUUUGUAGACGGCUGGCUGCCGCUACAGCCGGGGUGUCAGCGCCGUAUCACUUUAUUAGGUUGCGGAAAGAGUUGAAGGGCGAUUUAAGGGUGUGGGCAGAGUUUUUGGAACGUUAUAAUGGUAGAACGUUGAUUAUGGGGGAGGUUUGCGAUUGUGCAGAUUUUGAGUUGUAUACGGAUGCGUCUGGGGGGGUGGGUUUUGGUGCUUACUGUCAGGGGCAGUGGUGUGCGGGCGGAUGGCCGGAGUCGUGGGUGGAGCGCGGUUGGGUGUCAAAUAUUGCGCUGUUGGAGUUGUUUCCUAUUGUGAUGGCGGUUGUAUUGUGGGGGGAUAGGUUUGCGAAUAGGAAGGUGCGCUUUAAUUGUGACAAUUUGGGGGUUGUUCAGGCUAUUAACAGCCUGUCAGCGUCCUCCCCUCCGGUGGUUAGGCUGUUACAGUUUUUGGUGUUGCAGUGUUUGUCAAUUAAUGUUUGGGUGGUGGCGAGGCAUGUGGCGGGUGUGACUAAUUCUGUGGCGGACUCUCUUUCUCGUUUACAGUGGGACCGGUUCCGGCUUCUUGUUCCAGAAGCGGAGUUGGAGGGUCUGGAGUGUCCGUCGUGGCUGUGGGGGAUCUUGGAGGAGAGGUGAUGGGGUUGCUUAGGGAUUCGCUGAGCCCUGGUUUUCCGGUGGCCUUGGUCUGGAUUUUAGGACAUUCCUAUGUGUUCUGGGGGGCGAUUAGAGCCGAUGUUAGGCCGAAUGGCCGCCAGCUGGGGCUGAGCUCGGCGGUGGCUACGGUCAGGUGGUUAGGGGUUAGAGGAAUGUUGUGGGGUGGGGUUUUGCGGGAGGUGCAGCGUUUUUCACGGUUGGACAGGCCUCCGGAUGUGUUGGUGCUUCAUGUGGGGGGCAACGAUUUAGGGAGGCGGCCGUUUAGGGAGUUGGUGCGAGAUGUGAAGUUCGACCUGCUGAGGAUUUGGGCGUUAUUUCCGGGUGUUGUUACGGUGUGGUCUGACAUAGUGCCGCGUAAGUCGUGGAGGGAGGCCAGGUCGGUCGAGAGCAUUAAUAAAGCCCGGAUCAAGGUGAAUAGGGCGGUGGGCAGGUUUAUGGCGCGGAAUGGGGCUGUGGCGGUACGUCAUGAGGAGUUGGAAAAAGGAGUCGGUGCAUUUUGGAGGGCGGAUGGAGUGCAUUUGAAUGCGGUAGGGACUGAUCUGUGGUCUUUGGGGAUCCAAAAUGGAGUGGAGAUAGCGUUACGGAUGUGGAGGGACGCGCAGGCUUGAGGAGGUCAAGCUGCGCGUUCUUGGAGGCGGGGGAGGUCCUGGAAGUAAAAAAUAUGGUGGUAUCUGAGGAUGGGAGGGCCCCGCGGUAGGGGCUGGACUCU